AUGGGCACGGACGCUAUCAAGAAGGGCCUAGCAGCAGCGGGGCGUAGCACGAUCGAUGGUGCUGUAGCUGUCUCGAAGAAAGGGAUCAAGGCCAGCAAGACGCACUAUGAAAAGAGUAAGGCUAUGAGAGGCGGCAAAAGCGCAAGCAGCAGUGCGGGGACAAGCUCACAGAGCUAUGAGACCCAGACCAGACUGGCGCAGUUGCCAGACCCACGGCAGUUUCCGCCGCCACCACUGCGCCCCGAACAGAGGCCACAGUCCGGGAGUGCUGGCGCCAUCGGCGGGUCCACCGGCUCGUCGGUCUCUUCGGCAGCGGUUUCUGCGGGUCGAGCAAGUGCAGUGGCUGCAGUGGUUGCACCGGCGGCCCUGGCGGUACGAACGGGCCCAGGGUUCGCCUCUGCGAUGGAUACCGCUCAGGGCGCGUUGAACCCUGCACAGCCGGCAGUGGUGCCGCCAGUACAUGGCAGCGCGGUCUCUGGCAGGUCUGGGAACGGGAAUGCCCCGAACAUCAGCAUGCCUGUCCAUCGGCCGCUGCCCAUGCGGCCGGACAGUGGUGCACCAGGCGCACAGCUGGCCAUCAAUGCCCCACACGUGGCUCCAAUGCACCAGAAUACCCCAUCGUAUGCCAUACAGGGGUACUCAGAUUACGGAAUGCAAGAGCGGGGCGCUACGCAGGGUGCUGUUUCUACAGAGCCGGCGCCCCCACCGAUACCUGUGCGGAAUUACGAAACCGCAGCUGCUCCAGCUGCAAACCCAUCUCGCCUACCCCUAGAGCUGCCUCCGUAUCCACUUAUGCCCUGCGAUGACGCCUCGUAUAGUACGGGCAUGGGCGCGCAGCCGGCGCCAUCGCAACUGCUUCCGUGGCCACACGUACCUGGCGCUAACGCCAGUGACGGGAUCAUUGCACCGGGACAGUCGGCAUCAGUAGGGCAGGCGGCACCAGCAAUUCUACCUUCUCGGCCACAAGUACCGGGGAGUGACUUUGGUUCGCAGCCAGUGCAAGAAAUAACGACUACAUCAACUUCGCAGCAUCAAAUACAGGUAAAGCCCUACACUUGGGGAGCACCCAAGGGAGACCGAGAGGCCAAUAAAAUAAAUGUCCCCCAAGUUGAGAUUAACGUUUUACCGCCGCCGCCAAAGCAUAGAGAUCGGGACCGCAGUAAAAGUUCUACACCCGCACAUAUCCAGCAGAGCACUACUGGACCGAAGCCAUCAAUUCCCGCAAGAAGGUCGCCAUCCGCGUUCGCGUCGCCAGCAACCACUGGCAGUGGUGCUGGAGGACCCCCGUCAGACCAACUGGAAACCAAGUGCACACAGCAGACGGGGCAUAUGCAGUCUGCGAGCACGUCCUUCAGCUCACUUCCGCAAACAUCGCCGAGGAACGAAGGGGUAGCGUCAAUUGCAAAGACACGCGAAGAGAGCAUUGGCCCCACUAAGGGUAUCUCAGGUCAGUACAACUACGAAAUCUCAGUUUCCUUUGAACCGCCUCCGAAGCCCCACAGAAGGGGCGACGGUCCCCAAUCACGUGCGUCCCCAUUUGCCAGCUCUAGAGAUAACAGUACGUCAGUGCCAGAUUCUGCAGGCUCGCCCUCCCGUGGCAGCAUCAGGCAUUCAGCCCUGAAUAACACUGAUCCGCCACCGCCAUAUACGGACACAGCACAUGCACGCGCCGGAUCGGAUUCACCGGCGCCAUCAGCUUCUAAGCAACGAUCAUCUGCGGGCAGAUCUCUGCCACCAUUGUCCGCUGAUAGGUCUCUACCUCCACCAGCGCGGCAGGCCGCAGGCGCAAUGGCCUCUAGAUUGAGCGAGGAAGCUUCCGGCGUUACGCUUCGCAGAAUCACUUCUCCUGAAGGAUCACAGACAGGGGACGGUGCCAGCGUGAAGAAGAAGCCACCAAUUGUCCCGAAGAAGAAAGAGAGCCUUGCUGGCAACAAGAAGGCCCCGCCGCCCGUUCCAAAGAAAAAGGCCAUACUGGCGCAGGGACUGCAAAGGGACGCAGCUACAUCCAGUGAUGCCGCGGAGGUUCUAUCCUCAAGCGGCAUUGACACAUCUGCUCAAGAUGACAAUCCUUUCCGUCGUUACCUCAAAAAUGUCGUCCCGCAAGAAAAUGAUCGUGUCCACCACCGCUAG